AGAAAAACCCCAGAAAUAUAUCCAAAAAAACAAAAGCUCUCCAACGAUUGUGUUCGCCAGUUUAAUUUCUAACUUAGCGAAAAUACGCAAAAGGAAGCAGGAGAAGAGCGAACAGCUUUUGAAUGCUGCUUUGAUUGUCGAAGUGGGGAUAAAAAGCCAGCUUUCUUUCGUUGUAUGAAAUUGCACCUUUAAAAAAAAAAAACACAUGCAACUAUAAAACUCCGAUCAAAAUUUAAACCGCAGCGGAAAAUUACAAGUCUUAUCAAGAAAAUGCGAGGUUCUUGUUUAACGACCAUGUAUUCUUAUCAGAAUGAGUUUCAAGAUAUAGAAAAGAAAAAUAAUUUGACAUUGCACGCACGUGUCCUGCAUGCAUUUCUAUCUGACCUCAAGUUCUCAAAGGAGAAAUCUCGAGUCGACACGGAAGAAACCGGAGAUAUUUCCACAAGGGAGGAUCGAUGCUUUAUUAAUUUACACGCUCAGGAGCCAUGGCCACAACCGAUUAUCUUGUAUCAGCCGUACGAGGUCGAGCAGAUUCUGCUUCCCGACAAUGCAAACUGUCUUGCGGUACAGGCUUUCCUCAAGAUGUGUCAGCUUGAUUUUCAAAUAGAACCGAGGAAGAAUGCAGAGUUUAUGUCACCGUCAGGCCGCGUGCCCUUCAUCAAGUGCGGCACAAAGUUAAUAUCUGAGUUUGAUGGUAUAGUAGCACACAUAGGAAGUAAAGGAAUAAGCCUCUCCAAUCAUCUGGAUCCUGAUGGCAAAGUGGACAUGAGAGCAUACCAGUCUCUUGUUAACAAUGUAUUUGUUAACGCUGAGCUAUACAUCUGCUGGGUAGACCCUGCGAUUUUAAAUAUCACAAAGCAGAGGCACGGAAGCGUAUACCCUUGGCCACUUAAUCAUUAUCUGAAUUGGCAGAAGAGACGAGAAGUCAUAAAAAAACUCAGCAUACUCGGCUGGUACAACAAAAGUUUGGAUGAAGUUUUCGACGAUGUAAAGAAGUGUUGCAUAGCAUUAUCUGAGAGGCUAGCGGACGAAGAAUUUUUCUUUGGGAAAGACAAACCGAAUGAGUUGGACGCUUUGGUUUUUGGUCACAUAUUCACGAUAAUCACGACACCGUUACUUGACAACAAGCUGGCUAUGAUCGUACGGGAUCAUCCGAAGCUCGUGAAUUUCUGUAAACGCAUCGAGAUUAGGUAUUUUCAGCGUACAGAGGAUUAGAUAGAACUUUACUCGGACUUUAGAUAUAUCGAGUUGCGGUACACCGAUUAUGUUCAUCGUAAAUUGAAGUUCCUGUGUUUUGCGACCAACGCGACCAAGGAUGAUCAUAUCAAGGAAAAUCUUUGUAACAUUCAAUAAAAUAACUCUCGAUGAUGAUAUGCUGUUAAAAAACGCUCUCUGUUUAGUGACACAAAUGUUCUAUCUUUCUUGGCAUUCCACGAGUAACAAAAACAGAACGAUAUUUAUGUCAACUUGUGUUACCAAAUAGGAAACGUCUAAAAACAUUGAUUUCCUCUUGCCGCAAGAUGGAUAUAUCUGAAGUGCGAGUAAUAUUGAAGCAUGACAUGUAGUACAUUUUCAUGUUUUAGACUGUUGUU